AAUUUUCAUAAAAUAAUGUCAUAAUGACAUUUAAAUGACAUUUCAUAAUGACAUUUAAAUGACAAGUAUGACUUUCCCAAAAUUGAACUAAAAUAUUUCUACAAAAACCACAAUUUUCCUGUGAAAAAGUAUAGUUGCGCAGCAAAUGAAGUUUAUUGGCCAUUUUGUCAGAAUAAAGUUGAAGCUGCGGUACUUUUUGGAAACGUGUGUGCGAUUUUAAGUUGAUGCUGUAUAUUAAAAGUCUUAUAUGGAAUACGAGAGAUGUAUUAUGUAGAAUAAGAGAUAUAUAAAAGGCUUAACUUAGAAAAUAAUAGUCAGUAUGUCUCCGGGAAGAAACAGAGGACAACUUAUAUAUACGUUAAGACAACGUGAGUUACGCGAAGCUUUUAAAAAACAAAAUAGAAUAAAAAAUUAUAACGAGUGGGUGAAAACUUCUCAAACUGCUAAAGAUAUUAUAAAAUCAUGGUCUCGUGGUGGAGCGAGUUAUAAUGAUUUUAUUACGGCGGGUACUUCAAGAGCCAAUAACGACGACAGAGCAGACGACAAAGAACCGGAAUCCGUUAACGACGCAGAACCCGUAGAACCCGAACAACCCGAACAAUCAGACUCAAACUUUUCUCCAUAUAUGUCUCCGGGAAGAAACAGAGGACAACUUAUAUAUACGUUAAGACAACGUAAGUUACACGAAGCUUUUAAAAAACAAAAUAGAAUAAAAAAUUAUAACGAGUGGGUGAAAACUUCUCAAACUGCUAAAGAUAUUAUAAAAUCAUGGUCUCGUGGUGGAGCGAGUUAUAAUGAUUUUAUUACGGCGGGUACUUCAAGAGUCAAUAACGACGACAGAGCAGACGACGACGAACCGGAAUCCGUUAACGACGCAGAAACCGUGGAACCCAAACAACCCGAACAAUCAGACUCAAACUUUUCUCCAUAUAUGUCUCCGGGAAGAAACAGAGGACAACUUAUAUAUACGUUUAGACAACGUGGGUUACGCGAAGCUUUUAAAAAACAAAAUAGAAUAAAAAAUUAUAACGAGUGGGUGAAAACUUCUCAAACUGCUAAAGAUAUUAUAAAAUCAUGGUCUCGUGGUGGAGCGAGUUAUAAUGAUUUUAUUACGGCGGGUACUUCAAGAGCCAAUAACGACGACAGAGCAGACGACGACGAACCGAAAUCCGUUAACGACGCAGAACCCGUGGAACCCGAACAAUCAGACUCAAACUUUUGAAUUUUAAUAGGAUAUUAAUAUUGAAGACUUUGAGUCCUUUGUUAACAGUAUACUUAGUUCUGGUGUUACUGAAGUUACUGGUAAAAACAUUUUGCAAUUCAUGGAUAGUAUGGAAGUAUCGCUUGAUGAACAAGCCAUGGAGUUGGAUAGCCACCAAGCUCGUAGUGGUGAGAAAUCUGGAGGAUCCAGAUCGUCUAAUAGGGGAAUUGGCAUAAUACAAAGACUACCAAAAGGUAUUGGAUGUAAUUCAACAAAAUUACAUUUUUCUAAAACUUUUUUAAUGUAUUCUUAUGGAUAUGCUUGGCCUUAUUUUACUGUGGAUUCGAAUUCUUAUCAAGCUACAAGUUUGGCAUUAAUACCUGUUGAUUUUUUACCUUCAUAUUUAUCAAAAACAGAAUUUGAUCAUUUACCAGCUGGAUCAAGAAUGACUGAAUCAAAUGUUAAAUAUGGUUUAGAUGCAGCUAAUCCUAUGGUACCUACAAGUGCAACUAAAAUGGAUGGUACAGUUCUAUAUGAUAAAAUGUAUAAAGGUACUGCUCUAAUGAUUCUUGGUAUACCAAGGUCAAUAUCUGAUUAUUGGGCACUAGUCAGAUCAACAACAGCGGAUAAAAAUAAUCCGAACACUGGUGGUCAUCCUAGAUUGGAUAAAUUAAUAAAUCGGUUUAUGGUUACUAAUACAGCAGAUACAAAUUUAUGUACUUAUCAUUAUAAAUGUAAAAAUGCAAUUUUAAAAUCACAAAAAAAGACUUAAUUCCUUUGGCAUCACCUUUUGCUAUUGAAGCAAAUAGCAUGAAUACGACUACAGUACAAAGAAAAGAUACUUUAGCGAAAGGAACUGUAACAUUUGAAAAUACUUCAGAUGGAAAGAAUUUACCUACCUACGAAAAAAUAUCAACACAAUUUGCAGAAAGUUAUAUUAGACAAUUAGAAAAUUAUGCUGUAAAUAGUCCAAGAAAUCAUACAGAAACACCAAUUGCUCAACCACAACUUUAUGUCGGAAUAUUUCCUGUACCACAAUUAAGUCCAGCAACAGAUACUGUUAACUUUCAAAAUACAUCUAUAUAUUUAGAAGUUACCAUGGCUUGCGAGGUAGAAUAUAAUUACAAUUCUACUUAUUGUGAAGAUCAAUAUGUUACAACUCUGGAAAAUAAUUUCAUGAAUCCAGAUGCUAUGACUUAUGAUGGCCGUACAUUGUUUGGAUUGAACUAUAGGAAGAAUGGAAAUGUAAAAAAAUCAUCAAGAACUCCUGUAACAACAAGGAAUGUAUAUCAGGCAU